AUGGACAACAUACUCGUACUUCUAUGUAGUAUCUGGAUCUCCCUGAUUCAAGCCGACUGUCCUUACCAGGAAUGCCAAUGUAUCUCGCCUGCUGUUCUGUGCAUGUCCCGGGGACUAAAAGCUUUGCCGGAGUUAAACAAGACAGUCACUGGAUUUACAUCUCUAGCCCUUGAUGGAAAUCAAAUAACAACCAUAACAGAUGGAAGUCUUCCCUCCAACCUCACAGACAUCUCUUUGACUGACAACCCAAUAACGACAAUCGAUGACACAGCUUUCGAAGGAUCAAAGCUUACAUUGAGACGAUUGACAAUUUCCAACGCUCGCUUUACCAGAAUCCCUGAUGCAUUCUCCCAGCUACAGAACCUACAGACGCUUCAUGUCAUCGGGGUUCCCGUGACAGACUGGAACGUGGAAGCAAUGAAGAAUAUUGGAUCCACUCUGGAAACUCUUUACCUUGAAAGAGUAAACUUGGCAACAUCACCUACGUGGCUUGGGUACUUCUCACGUUUAACGGAGCUAGAUAUAUUGAGUAGUUUUCUGGAAGAUAUCCCAGACAAUGCUAUGGAUUUAAUGAAUAACACAAUGACGUAUUUAAAUUUGUAUAAUAAUAGCUUAAGUGAAGUUCCAAAGUCGUUGUCAAAAUUGACGUCGCUGCUAAAUCUGUAUUUAACAGAAAAUAAAAUUGCCAACACAACUUGGUUGCCACAAUCCAGUAAAAUACAAGCUUUGUCCUUAAAUUCAAACAACAUAAACAAUGCUGUCCAGCUAAGUACUUCAUUGCUUCCAUAUGCAGACUCUUUGCAAUCUCUUGACAUUGAAGACAAUCAGUUGUCUUCUUUUCCGGAGUUGUCUUUCCUGACCCGUAUUGGAACUCUCAGCUUUCGAAAUAACAAACUGUCAGAUGCCAGCUCGGGGUCCUUGCCCCCAAAACUCUACUCUCUUGAACUCCAGAACAACUUUCUGCCCCGUAUUCCGAUGAUUAUGUCCGGUCUACAGUCUAUAACCGAUUUUACCAUGCCCUCAAAUCGCAUUACUGUCAUUCAAAGCACUGACUUCUCCUCGGUAGUCACAUCUGUGGAGCUUGGAUUUAAUCAUAUCACGGAACUGACUGAAUACAGCUUUCCAAAAAACUCUGCAAUUGAAUAUUUGUACCUUAAUAAUAAUCCUCUUAGAAAAAUCUCAGUUUCUGCUUUUAACAAUCUUCCGAUUUUGUCCGAUUUGAGUUUGCAAGGGACACUGCUAUCACGCAUGCCUCUGGCCUUGUCAUCCCUGACCAGUUUGUAUAGUCUGGACUUUACAAACACGCCCAGUUUAGUUUGCACGUGCCUGGAGAAGAGUUUGACCAGCUGGGUCCAAGCUCGGGGUCCGGACGUGGUCAGUGGCGACUGUGGACAGAUAACCAUUUAUGCAUUUUUUACAACUUUUGGUCCAGAUUGUCCAAAUGACUAA